AUGCGGCAGUGGGCGAGGGAUUACUAUGUUCGUGUAUUGCUCGAUUUAUUGGUUAAAAGCUAUAAAGAUGAGAAGGGGUGCUUCAAGCCUUGUGUUUUUCAUGAUAUCAAAGGAUUGUUAAGUCUCUAUGAAGCUUCAUUUCUUUCUAUGGAAGGAGAAGAUGAAAUAGAUGAAGCAAAGGAAUUUGCUCUAAAACAUCUAAAUGAUUGCAUGAGAUCAAAUUCUUCAACAAAUCUAAUCCUUGCAAAACACAUAGCCCUAGCCUUGGAGCUUCCUUUGCACCAUAGAAUUCAGAAGCUUCAGGCUCCAAUGUUCAUCGAGCACGCUCGCAACAUGAAAGAGCUUGAUGUGGACCCAAUCUUGCUUGAAUUUGCUCAAUUGGACUUCAACAUGACCCAAAGCAUCUACAAUAGAGAGCUCAAGGAAAUUACAAGGUGGUGGACAAAAAUAAGUAAUCUAGCUGGUGGUGAGUUGAGUUUUGCAAGGGAAUGGCCUUUGGAGAGCUACUUCUUAGCCAUAUGUUUAGCAAUGGAACCUCGUUUCUCAACAUGUCGAAAAGAAUUUGCUAAAGCAGUAUGCUUCAUAAAUGUUGUUGAUGAUAUCUAUGACAUCUACGGCUCAUUGGACGAACUACAACACUUUACCGAUGCUGUUGAGAUGUGGGACUUUGCUACAAGCAAAUCACUUCCUAAAUACAUGAAGAUAUGCCUUUCAGAAUUAUUCAACACAGUGAAUAACUUAGCAUGCAAAAUCAUGGAAGAUAAGGGGUUGGAUAUUCUCCCAUAUCUUAAAAGAGCGUGGCUAGAUUUAUGCAAAGCAUACAUGGUGGAGGCAACAUGGUAUUACAUUGGAUAUUGCCCUACAUUUGAUGAAUAUUUAGAUAAUGCGUGGAUUUCAGUUGCAGCCCCUUUAACCUCGGUUAUGGCACUUUGUCUGAGUGAGAACUUAACAAAUUUAUCACUCGAAAGCUUCGACUUCUAUCCAAGCAUCAUCCGCCAAUCAUCUAUUAUUUUUCGGCUUUGCAAUGAUUUAGGAACUUCAAAGGGUGAGCUCCGAAGGGGAGAUGUUUCAAAAUCCAUCCAAUGUUAUAUGAAAGAGAAGCAUGUUUCAGAAUCAGAAGCACAAAAGUGUAUAAGGACUAUUAUAGAUAAAUGCUGGAAAGAUUUGAAUAAUGAAUGGAUGGAAGCAUCGAAAUAUGAAGAAACAUUCAAAAUGGUUGUGAUAAAUUUGCCACGAGUUGCUCACCUUUUUUAUCUACAGUCAAAUGAUGAGAAUGUUGGUGAGCUUAACUUAGAGAAUAUCAAAGGCAAUGUUAUCUCACUUUUCCUUGAACCCCUUACUUUGAAAGAAGGAUGA